AUGUCUAUCAAUAGCGGAACAGCGAUAAUACAUUUAACCAGGCCUCAACUGUCAUUCUUAGCGCCUUCACUUGCUGCAACAAGAAUUAGAUCUUCUUCUUCCAUCAGCCUAGGAAGAAGAAUCCGUAAAGAGAUAACACACUAUAUAAAUGGGACAAAACUUCUGGCUAAUGAAUUGUCGGACUCUGUGAAACUGGUUGUUCGAAUGACACAAGGUGAUCAUAUGAAACGGAGGGAACUGAUUCAAUUACGAAAAACUGCAGAUGACCUUUUUAGGCUAUUACCUUUUUCUGCAUUUAUAAUCAUUCCAUUUGCAGAAUUAUUGUUACCAUUUUGCUUGAAACUAUUCCCAAACCUACUACCAUCAACCUACGAGACGGGUGACAAUAAAAUGUUGAAAUUAAUACGAUUAGCUGAGAACAAAAGCAUUAUUUCUUCCUUAUUAAGAAACACAUUAAAUGACUCUAAAUUAAACAUACCAUUAUAUAACAAUCAUAGCAAACAAAUUGCUACUAAUAAAGAAAUCUUCAAUAAAUUUUUCUAUAGGCUAAAAAUCUUGAAACGAAAUGGAUAUAGCCUGGCCAUUACAAAAUUAAGUUUUCACUUUACCGAACAUGAAGUUUUACAAGUGGCAAAAUUGUUUAAAGAUGAUACAUUAUUAAUCAGCCUUACAAAAAGGCAACUGAGUCUAUUGAACCAAUAUAUGUCGUUGAGUCUCCCAUCACUAGGAACGAUGAAUUUACUGAAAUAUCGUUUGAGACACACAUUAAAUAAAAUAAAGAAGGAUGAUAUCUUGAUUGCAAGAGAAGGUGUAACUCAUUUAACUGACGAAGAAUUAUAUGAAGCAUGCAUGUCUCGUGGAAUCCAAAUUCAACAUGAAACUGAUCUUCUGACACACAAGUCGGUGAUGCGAAAAGAGAUGAUAAAAGCUUUAGAAAAUUGGCUUCUACUUAGAUUAAAACACCAUAUUCCUAUGGUUCUUCUGAUACUAGCCACUACAGCACCAUCAAACAUUUCUACACAUUGGUCCCAACCUUAUGUCGAUGGAAUUUUCGAAGUUCUUUGUAUGAUCCCAGAUUCCGUAUAUACUCUUGCUAAACUAGAUAUAUCCGCCUCAGUUACACCAUACAACAACUGUAUGGCAUUAACCAACAUAGAGGAUAAGCCACUAAUUAAAUAUAAAAGAUAA